AUGUCCGAUCAAGGAAGCCCCGCGCAGGUGCCUGACGGGCAGCCAAACCCGGUGCUUGUUGGUCCAGGUCUCAAGGCCUUGAAGGAGCAGGCAUAUAUGAAUGCGACCAAUGCCACUCCAAGCGUGGAUAUCGAUAAGGAGCAGCAGAUGGAUAGUGAUGCGCCCUCCUACUUUGCCAACAUCCCGGGCGCUAAGACCGACUCUCUUGACCCCUCAGACUUGACAUCAACACCCCCUCAGAUCCGAAGAAAGAUGUCGUCUGGACAAGAUUUGUUGCGCCGGUUGAGUUUGACGGCAGGAGCAUCCCCCAUAUCGCCGGAGGUGGACCCCCGCGCACAGCAUCCCGGCCUCAAGCUAAGCGGCCGUUUGAUAAGCGUGGCAUUCUGUAUUCCGUACAAGCUUUAUUUCCAGUCAGGAUCAAACUGGACACUCAAAUCACGCUCCGGCACUUCGGCUCUCUUUGACUCAUUUGCCCACCUGGCCUCCGACGAGACUCAAUGGUCACACACCCUGGUAGGAUGGACUGGCGAGGUCGAAUCUACCUCAGACACCAAAAUUCCCUUACAACAGAUUUCUCUCAACACCACGACAAAUUUGUCCACCAGUCCUAGUAAUACCGCCUCUAUACCGAUCAACAAAGCAGCUGCCCCGAUCCCUGUCAAUGCGAGCCAACAGCCACCCUCGCAUCCCCUUGUCGAUGGAAUCAGUGUCGGCAAGGAAGAUCGUGAGCGGCUUGACAAGCAACUCUCUUCAGGGCGUUAUGGCCGAAUCUUGCCGGUCUGGCUAUCGGAUGCAUCGGAGGAACCAGAGGAUACUGUUCUUCUGAAAGAUCAAGGAAGAUGGCGGCGAUAUUCAGAGAGGGAAUUGUAUCCCCUGCUGCACUACAAGCAGCAUGGGCCGACAGAUGGUCGCUCUGAACGUCGGUGGUGGGCUGACUACGUUCGGUUGAAUCAGCUCUUCGCAGACCGAAUUGUAGCCGACUAUCAGGAGGGAGAUGUUGUGUGGAUUCAUGACUAUCACCUGUUUCUACUUCCCAGCAUGUUGCGACAGCGUAUCCCUAACAUCUACAUUGGAUUCUUCUUGCACUCUCCUUUUCCCAGCAGCGAGUUUGUGCGGUGCCUGGCCAAGCGUAAAGAGGUGCUGACUGGGGUCCUUGGCGCAAACAUGAUUGGAUUUCAGACAUUUUCUUACUCCCGACACUUCUCCUCAUGUUGCACGCGUGUCUUGGGAUUCGACUCGAACUCAGCUGGAGUGGAUGCGUACGGCGCUCAUGUUGCGGUUGAUGUCUUUCCCAUUGGCAUUGAUGCGCGCGCCAUCCAAAAGGCAGCGUUUGGGGCCCCGGAUAUUGAGAAGACUGUGAUUGGCAUCCGCAAAUUAUAUGCUGGAAAGAAGAUCAUCGUCGGCCGUGACCGAUUGGACAGUGUUCGAGGAGUAGCACAGAAGCUCCAGGCUUUUGAAAUUUUCUUGGAGAGAUAUCCCGAAUGGCGCGACAAGGUUGUCCUCAUACAGGUGACAAGUCCAACCAGUGUGGAAGAAGAGAAAGAAGACCCCGAGAACAAGAUUGCCAGUCAGAUUUCUAACCUGGUGUCCACGAUCAAUGGGCGUUUCGGAUCGCUGAGCUUCUCACCAGUUCAGUAUUAUCCGCAGUACCUUUCUCAACGGGAAUACUUCGCCCUCUUGCGUGUUGCGGACGUAGGUCUGAUCACUACGGUGCGAGACGGCAUGAACACCACAAGUCUUGAGUAUAUUGUCUGUCAGCAAACGAACCAUAGCCCUCUCAUUCUCUCUGAAUUUUCCGGUACCGCGGGUACACUCCCCAGUGCCAUUCACAUUAAUCCAUGGGAUCUGGUGGGUGUCGCAGGCGCCAUCGACCGGGCCCUCAGCAUGCCUGCCGAUCAACGGCGUGAGCAACAUUUGAAACUAUACAAGCACGUUAUCACUAAUACCGUCUCAACGUGGUCCAGGCUGUUCCUUCAUCGGCUCCUCACCAAUCUAUCCUCCUUUGACCAGUCUGUUGCUACCCCUGCACUUGACCGUGCGAAGUUGGUUAAGCAGUACCGCAAAGCUCGGAAACGUCUUUUCAUGUUUGAUUACGACGGUACCCUCACACCGAUUGUCAAGGACCCGCAGGCCGCUAUACCAUCUGACAGAGUUCUCCGUACACUCAAAACCCUGUCGGCUGAUCCACGGAAUGCCGUCUGGAUCAUUAGCGGACGUGACCAGGCCUUUUUGGACGAGUGGAUGGGUCAUAUACCCGAAUUGGGGCUAAGUGCCGAACAUGGCUGCUUUAUACGCAAGCCUCGAUCGGACGAUUGGGAGAACUUGGCCGAACGAUCAAAUAUGGGCUGGCAAAAAGAGGUGGUAGAGGUCUUCCAGCACUACACGGAGCGGACGCAGGGCUCAUUUAUUGAGCGGAAACGAGUGGCUUUGACAUGGCACUAUCGCCGGGCAGACCCCGAGUAUGGGGCCUUCCAGGCGCGCGAAUGUCGAAAGGCUCUGGAGGAUACAGUUGCCAAACGAUGGGAUGUGGAAGUUAUGGCUGGUAAGGCUAACCUGGAGGUCCGACCUACGUUUGUCAACAAAGGUUUCAUCGCAACCCGACUCGUAAACGAGUAUGGCACAGAGCCUGGGAAAGCGCCCGAGUUUAUUCUGUGUCUCGGAGAUGACUUCACGGACGAAGAUAUGUUCCGUGCCCUCCAAAAGUUCGACCUUCCCCAUGACCAUGUUUACUCAGUUACAGUGGGUGCUAGCUCGAAGCAGACCGACGCCAGUUGGCAUCUCCUGGAGCCCGCCGACGUUAUCGGCACACUACAGAUGCUUACCCAUUAG